CAGUCGAAUGCUAGGAGCCAGCUUCAGUUACACUUUGGAGUACGCCGCGCGAGCACUGUGUUUCCAUUCUGGGCGAGGGUUUAGUACACCGGAGCAAACACCUCGUCUUCGGUUUCCUUUUUUUAUUUUGAGUGCCAAGCCGCCGAGCCGAACGCCCCCAAAACUAACAGUGAGUAGAUUACAGUGCAUUGAUGAGUGAACAAAGGACACCGCCUCGAGCAGUGAUAAGCAGCGACCUGCGACCCGCACACUGAGAGAAAAGCCGGGGAUCAAAGGUCACCGCCGACGACGAAUGCAUUUGCAUCUCCUGGUGGCAGCCAAGACGCCUCCAUCGCCAGCUGAGCAUACGGGCUCGAGACUGGAAGCGGGAGUGGAACCGGGACUGGAAACGGGACUGGAAACGGGUCUGGGCUUGGAGCUAGAAGGAGUGGGACUCGGACUGGGACUCGGUGCUGGCCAGGAGUUGGUGGCGGACCAGGAACACUGCCCCACUGUGGCGCCCGUCAGCGUCGCCGGUCCCGGCCGCCUGGGUCGCAGCAUCAACGGCAGCGGCGGCAGCCACCACCACCACCUGCACCACCACUACGCGCCCUACCACCACGCCCACCCCUACCACCCGCACCACCCACCGUACCCUCCCUAUCCGGCCGCAGGUGCCCCCCAUCCCCCGGCCAUGGUCACCUCGUCGUCCACCUCGCCGACGGGCAACGGCUGGAGCAGCACCACCGGCGACUUCAAGGGCAUCACGGCGGUGGCGUCCACGGGUGCCACGGGCGGGGGCCCAGGCGGGGCCUCCCAGGGAGCCACGGCCUCCACGGGCGCCACCGCCGCCGAGGUUCUGGCCGUCUCCAGCAGCGCCAGUGUGGGCAGCAGCUCGCCCACAGGCGGCGCCAGCAAUGGCACCGCCCACAGUGGCCACAGUGGGCACACCGGCGGCCACAGCAGCAGCACCGCCAGCAAUGGCAACAACAGCGGUGCCACCAAUAGCAACGGCAACAACAACAACAAUGCUGUCCACCAGGACCUGCUGUGGAUGGAGCGACUGGUGCUGAAGCGACAGCAGGAGCACCCCGGGGAACUGGUGCGCACGAGCAAUCCGUACUUCCUGUGCUCCGCCCUGCCCGCCCAUUGGCGCUCCAACAAGACGCUGCCGAUGGCCUUCAAGGUCGUCGCCCUGGCGGAAGUGGGCGACGGCACCUACGUCACCAUCCGGGCGGGCAACGACGAGAACUGCUGCGCGGAGCUGCGCAACUUCACCACCCAGAUGAAGAACGACGUGGCCAAGUUCAACGAUCUGCGCUUCGUGGGUCGCAGUGGAAGAGGGAAGAGCUUUACGCUGACCAUCACGGUGGCCACGAGUCCGCCACAGGUGGCAACCUACGCCAAAGCCAUCAAGGUGACCGUCGACGGACCGCGGGAGCCCCGCUCCAAGACAAGUCCGACGGGUGGGCCGCACUACCGUGCCCUGGGACUCGGCCAGCGGCCCUACAUCGACGGCUUCCCCUCGACGAAGGCGCUCCACGAGCUGGAGACGCUGCGCCGCUCCGCCAAGGUGGCGGCGGUAACGACGGCAGCGGCAGCGGCGGCCACGGCGGCGACCGCGGCCGCAGCAGCGGUGGCGGUCACUCCCCCGGGGGGCGGUGGAGCUGGGGGCGUGGCCGGCGGCCCGGGCGCGGGCCUGGUGCAGCAGCUGAGCAGCAAUUACUCAUCGCCGAAUAGUACAAUCAACUCGGACUGCCAGGUCUACAAGCCGAACGCACCGCACAUCCAAGGAUCCGAUAUGAUGGGCGCCGGCGAGUGGACGGGAUCCUCGAGUUCGGCGGCGGCCUACUACCACAGCCACGCCCACCACGCCCACGCGCACGCCCACCUGCAGCACCAGAUGCCUCUGCCGCCGCCCCCACCGCCGCCAGCGGCCGCCCCCGUCUCGGUGGGCGUGGGCAAUGGAGCCACCAUGGGCAUGAGCAUGGGCAUGGGCAUGGGCGUGGGCGUGGGCAUGAACUACGGGGGCUACGAAUCGGCGAACUCGCUGGAGGCGGGCCAGUACACUGCCCACCUGCCGACCGUGCUACCCGAGAUGCAUGGCCAUGGCUUCGCCACCGAUCCCUAUCAGACGGCCGGCUAUGGCGGCGGGACCUCGGGCGGAGGCAGUGCCUCCAAGUCGGAGCUGGACUACGGCGGGGGCUACAACCAGGCGUGGUCGAACGGCUACCAGAACUAUCAGUACGGCAGUUGCCUGGCCACUGCCCAGUACGGCCCGCAGGCGGCGCCGCCCCCCCAGCCACCGCCCCCGCCGCCGGUGGUGCUGUGCCCGCAGCUCUACUCCACGGUCAACCAGAACCAGAUCCACCUGCACCUGCACAGCAGCGAGAAGCUGGAGCAGUACCUGGGCACGGCCACCGGGGCAGAGCACCUGACCCUUGGCUCGCUGACCGGCAGCAGUCGCUCCAGCAUCGAGAUCGGCCAGGAGCAGUACCACCAGGCGCAGCAGCAGCAGCAGCAGCAGGUGAACCACCACCCCCAGCAGGUGCACCCCCAGCAGCAGCAGGUGGAGUCCGCCGGCGAGGUGGGCGGCAGUGUGGAGUCGGCGAGGGAGGAGGACGUGGGCGAUCUCACGCAGGUGUGGCGACCCUAUUGACCCAAUCGGGUCACCCAUCGGCCAGCACCACCACCACCGAAUCCCACCCACCCACUUGCGAACCCCACCAUCGCCACCCACCAUCCACCGCCGCUGCACCUGCACAUCGAACUGAACUAGGAGCCCAGCAGGAUCACCACAAGAACUGUACAAUUUUUUUCUUUUUUUUCAUAGCCUUAGAUCCUAACUUUAAGCAGUCCCAAAGCAUCUACAAGUUGUACAUACAAGAAUGACUACCCCUAAGGAACAGAUCUAUCAUAAUACACACACGCCAGCGUAACUAAACAAUAUCAACAAUAAAUCGCAGAACGCAGGAGAUUUGAGUUUGGCUGCACAUGCAAAUAAAAUUAAAUACUACCUUAUAAAAUAAUGUACAUAAGAGAAGUUUAACGUUACGAUCAUAUAGAAACACCGAGUACGGAGUUGAUCUAACCACUAACCCUAGCGCAGAGAGCACCCAACCCCCUACAAACCGUAGACCACCAUUUUUUUUACUAGCCCUAAGCCUAGAAAGAUACUCGAUAAAGCCGCACAACUAUCUAUAAAUAUAUAAAUACCUAUGUAUAAAUUUUUUUUCUGUUACUUUGUGUGUGAAUCUCCUGGAGGAUUCGAGAUGAAAGUGAAAGCGAUCGACGAACGAUG